AUGUGUGUUCUUGUCACUACUAUCAAGGGCAGUGUGGAAGCAAUCGAUGUGGCUGAAGGAGUACAUAUUUGGUUUUAUCAAACUGAUGCACCUGUGUUUUCUCCCGUGGUGACAAUUGAUAACUCAGGUUUCAUUGCCUCCGUUGAUGGCACGAUCACUAAGAUUUGGUUAAAUGAAGGAAAAAAAGAAGUUGCUGUAAACGUCCGAGAACCAGUCUUUUCUAGCAUAUCUAUUUUCGACGAUCUCAUGUAUAUUGUCACAGAACGCGGAUCACUUAUAGUCGCAGACCUCAAUGAGGGUGGUGAACGUGCUUGUGCAUUUCGCUUAGCAGCUGAACCAGGAGACAUCAAGGUAGAAGAUAUACCGGGAUGGAUUGAGAAGAGAAGUGAUGUGGCCAAGCAUCUCGUCAUGAAAUAUCUGUGUAGGGCUGAUGAAGAUUCGGCAGGUCUGCAAGUUUUGCUGUUUUUUAAAGCUGUUCUAAUUCGUCAUGAGUCUGUUGCAAGGCUUUUAAAAUGAGU